AUGGUGGACUGGACUGGGUAUUACCCGGGCGGACCUACUGGCCAGGUUGGCAAAAAAGCCUAUUGUCAAGAACCUGCAACACAUGCGGUAGUAGAAGGCACUGCCAGAAGAGUGUUGAAACGUUAUAGACUGAUGCAAAAAGGCCCGCAUCGAGAAGUCUACAACAUUGUGAAUAUCUAG